AUGCAGCUCACCACCGGCUUCCUCGCUGUCGUCCUUGGCGCGAGCGCUGCUCUCGCGGCGCCUUCGACUCACGCUGGAUUCGGCCGCCGGGCCGUCAACAUCAGCCAGCCAUUCGAAGUCGACCAGCUGUACAUGCAAAUGGCUAGCGUCUACGACACGUCGUCGGGCGUCGACGUCAAGUUCACCGCCACCGAUGCCAACACCGGCGUCACCGCUACCUGCGACACCGCCGACGUCCUCGCCAACACCGUUUACGCUUGCGACAGGCCCGACACCAAGUGGGUGUUCAACGUCGAUUUUUCGAAGCUCAGCAUCCAGUGGUACUGGUCGCCGGGCGAGAUCAGCGACGAUGGUCUCAAUGGCAACUACCGCGCUAACGGCUCGACCACUGUCGAUUGGAACUGCGCGAGCUCGGGCAAAUACGGGCAGCAAUGUUCGGCGAGCAAGUUCAGUGUUCCGAUUCAGCAGAUUGAGGCUUGGGCUUGA